GGUAUGUAUCCGCUGUACCGCUCUCUUGGAAGCAGCUAUAAUAUGGGCUGGAAGUGAGAACCUGCGGAGGCCGUUUAGAGGCAGCAUGUUAGGCUGCACACUCCGUUCCGGUGGUUGAAGAGGACUGAACUCCAGGCUGUCAGGAGGACCUGCUGCUGUCAAUCGGAAGCAGUCCUUGAUCGUGGUUCAGCCUGAACAUGGGGAAGAAGAGCAGAGUGAAGACACAGAAGUGGGGAACGGGACCCACAGCUGUGGCAAACCCAAAGGAGAUGUUGAACCUGGUCUCGGAGCUCUUACAGAAAUGCAGUGGGGCAGCCCCGCCCCCGGGUCAGGAGUGGGCGGAGUAUGUCCAGAUCCGAAGCCUUGUGGAGAAGAUCAGAAAAAAACAGAAAGGCCUGUCCGUGGUGUUCGAUGGAAUGAGAGAGGAUCACUUUCCGGAGCUGAUGGCCUGGGCUGCAGAAAAUGGGGCCUCGUGCGAAGGCUUCGAAAUCUGUAAUUUUGCAGAGCAGGGGUACGGCUUAAAAGCCACGCGGGACAUUAAGGCAGAGGAGCUGUUCCUGUGGAUCCCCCGGAAGAUGCUGCUGACAGUGGAAUCGGCAAAAAACUCAGUGCUUGGUUCCCUGUACAGCCAGGACCGCAUCCUGCAGGCCAUGGGCAAUGUGACACUGGCUCUGCACCUCCUGUGUGAACGUGCUAACCCCAGCUCCUUCUGGCUGCCCUACAUCAAGAGUCUACCAAGCGAGUACGACACGCCGCUGUACUACGAAGAGGAGGAAGUGCGCUGCCUGCAGGCCACACAGGCCAUCCAGGACGUCUUUAGCCAGUAUAAAAACACGACACGCCAGUACGCCUACUUCUACAAAGUCAUCCAGACUCAUCCCGCUGCCAGCAAGCUGCCCUUCAAGGAAUCCUUCACCUUUGAUGACUACAGGUGGGCCGUGUCCUCCGUCAUGACCCGGCAGAACCAGAUCCCCACAGAGGACGGCAGCCGGGUCACCCUGGCCCUGAUCCCGCUGUGGGACAUGUGCAACCACACCAACGGCCUGAUCACAACUGGGUACAACCUGGAGGACGACAGGUGCGAGUGUGUCGCCCUGAUGGACUACAAGAAGGAUGAGCAAAUCUACAUCUUCUACGGCACGAGGUCCAACGCGGAGUUCGUGAUCCACAAUGGCUUCUUCUACGAAGCCAACGCCCACGACCGGGUGAAGAUCAAGCUGGGUGUGAGCAAGAGUGAGCGUCUGUAUGCCAUGAAGGCCGAAGUGUUGGCCCGCGCAGGCAUCCCCGCGUCCAGCAUGUUCGCCCUGCACAGCGCAGACCCCCCUAUGUCCGCUCAGCUGCUGGCCUUCCUCCGCGUUUUCUGCAUGACAGAAGAGGAACUGAAGGACUAUCUUGUGGGUGAGCAGGCCAUGAACACUAUCCUGUCGCUGGGCAACGUCGAGCUUCCUGUCAGCUGGGAGAAUGAAAUUAAGCUGUGGACCUUCCUGGAAACCAGGGCUUCUCUGCUCCUGAAGACCUACAGCUCCACCACGGAGAGUGACCAGGCCCUGUUGGAGCAGCCUGGACUCUCCUUCCACACCCGGGUGGCCGUCCAGCUGCGCCUGGCCGAGAAGCAGAUCCUGGAAGGUGUGGUGCGCAGCGGCCGGGCUCAGCGCGAGCACUUCCGAAAGCUGCUGGAGGAGGAGGCCCCGCUGCCACGGCGACAGGAAGCCGGCGAUCCCGACGGCCAGCUGCCCCUGGUGCUCCGGGAGCUGGAGGAGGCCAGUGACCCCACACUGGGGCCUGGCGACGCCGGAGACACACCGGACGCCCUGCUCCUCAACGGCGGCAUCGCCGUGGAGAACGGGAAUGGCGUUCCGCACAAGGACGGGCCCGGCACGGGGCGGACUGGAGACGGGGUUGAGGAGAACUCUCAAUAAAGCAGCCCCCGACCCCACCGCUGCGCCACUAUUUAUUUAUUUCUGUUUCUCGAAGUAACUUAAAAGAAUAAAGGCACCCCUACAGGACCCCCCCCCCCCCCCCCCCCCCCCUUGGCUGUAAGUCCAGCAUACUGUCUGAGAGCCCGUCCUCAGUAUUAUCAGUCAGCCGCGUCUGCCGUUUAACAGCACCCUCAAUGCUGACUGGGUGGACAGAAGAGGGACCGGAACUGAGGCUAAACCACCUACCAGGUCCAGCACGUUGUGGUGGUUAGCGCUGAAGAGAUCUGGAUUAAUGGACGAAAGCUUUUGUGCAAGAGGCACAGGAAGAUCUGCGCCAGCACCCCACCUUUCCAUUCACUGCCUUGAAUCUCAGACAGGGCCGUGCUUUUCCGGGCCUUCUAGGGGCUCCUGACCGGCUCUGCUCGCUCUGCCUCUGAGGUCACAUCUGAGCAGGGUGGUUUUUUUUAGCCCCAAAUAAAUUUGACCCUUUGUGCUUUAUUCUUAAAAGCAGAUACAGUUAUAUGAAUAGUGGGAGCGAUGGGUCACCAUGGCUUUGUCUGAAAAUAAUUUCUGAAUGUAACAGGAUUUUAUUCAGCAUAACACCAUCAGGGUUUGUUUGUUUUUUUUUUACACUAAAGUUGCUGCAGAUUGAACGCCGGUGGCGCUGUGGAUGUCAGAAUGCAAGCUACUCGUGUAUGUUACCUUCAUUUAGCAUUGAAGAGCUGUGUGUAUUUCUGUGAAUUUCUUUGUACUUGAGGCCUUAAUGACCUGAUCGAUGUGCGUCAGUCCUUCACCAAAUGCAGAGGGCGGUCUGCUGGGAAGUGGGUUUCCUCGUUUGGGGUGCACAGUGUCUGGCGGACACCACAGCAGCUCGCGGUUACGCUUCCUGGACGGCAUGACCCUCCGCCAUACUGCAGUCCUUCUGUGCCGAUCGCUUUGUAUCUACGCUUGUAGCCACUGAGCGGCUAGAGAUUUGAGAAUAAAGACAGUUUAAGUGCA